UAUAAAAGUAGGUGCACAUUUCCACCUUUCUUACAGCACCCAGUGAACUGUGUAGAUCACUUAUUGUGAAGCCAUGGUGAUGAAGUGGACUGCUGUGUGCCUUGUGGCACUGGCUUUGCUAGGCAGCUUCUGUGAUGCUCAGUAUUGGGAAGCUGCUCCCAAUUCCCAAAAGCCUACAUACCAGGAGCCAGCGCCCAGCAAAGAGAACCACAAUGAGCUCCAACAGGUAAAGCAGACAUUUGAGAAAUCUCUCACCUGGACAUACCCUGCACCUCCUCCGCCUGAGCCCGUAGUUGAAGUGCCUUUCGAGAUGAGAUAUCCUGUUCCUGCUGCAACAGUUGCUGUCGAUUGCAGAGAGAAGAUUGCUCAUGUGGAAGUCAAGAAGGACAUGUUUGGGAUAGGCCAGCUCAUCAAUCCUGCUGACCUUAGUCUGGGAAACUGUGGCGCUGUUGCAGAGGAUUCGGCUGAUCAAGUGUUGAUUUUUGAGUCGGAAUUGCAUGAUUGUCUCAGCACAUUAGUGUUGUCAGAAGAUGCCCUCAUCUACACCUUCACUCUGAACUAUGUUCCCCAACCUGUGGGCCCAUCUCCUGUGGUGAGGACCAGCCAAGCUGCUGUUUAUGUGGAGUGCCAUUAUCCAAGGAAGCACAAUGUGAGCAGCCUUCCUCUUAAUCCCCUGUGGAUCCCAUUCUCUGCGGUUAAGGUGGCAGAGGAAUUCUUAUACUUCACCCUGAAACUCAUGACUGAAUGUUUGAGAUAUGAAAGGCCAAGCUACCAGUACUUCCUCGGAGACACCAUAACGAUUGAGGCUGUCGUCAAGCAGUUCUUCCACAUACCCCUCCGUGUAUAUGUGGACUCAUGCGUAGCUACUCUCUCACCUGAUGCGUCCUCCAGCCCCAGAUAUGCCUUCAUUGAUAACUAUGGGUGUUUUAUUGAUGCUAAGCUCACAGGCUCUGACUCUAAGUUCCUAGUUCCCACUGAAAUGAACAAGCUUCAGUUCCAGUUGGAGGCCUUCAGGUUCCAGGGGGCUGAAAGUGGACUGCUCUACAUCACCUGCCACUUGAAAGCAACAUCAGCUGCCUUUCAGACCGAUAGUCAACAUAGAGCUUGUUCCUGGAUCAACGGGUGGAAGGAGAUAAGCGGGGCUGAUGCAACGUGUGGCUCCUGUGAAUCUGGUGGAUCUGGUACAGGAUCUGGCCCUUCAACUGGUGGACUUGGGGACCCUAUGGAAGCUGGUUCCUGGGGUGGAAGGAAGAUUCGUGAUACGUCCCAAAUGCACGAAUGGGAAGCUGAUAUCACCCUGGGUCCCGUCUUCGUUGAAGAGAGGAAGCUUAAUUAACUCAAUUCCCUGCCACAGCUAUGGUCAUCAAAAUAAACUCAUUGGUUCAUAA